AUGCGAGUGUCGCCGGCUACACCGCAAUGCCCAAACCAGCAAGACGAGCCGUCAAGGCUUGUCGGUUUUGUCGUCAACGGAAAACCGUCAAAUUCUCGAAUCAAAGAACUAGUUGAAGAAAACGAGCGGUUGAGAGUAUCCUUAGCGCUUUCUCAGUCUCAACCUGGGUGUGAUGAUGGGCCUGCGUCCUCGCUUACCCGUGAUGAUAAUCCUCCGCCUCAUGAAACCUCAAACCUGAUGUCAAGGGAUUGCAUUGAGCGGGAGCAACAGCCAGAGUUUGAUCAGUCCGCCCUCUCUGCUAGCAAUGAAGACGUCAGAAGCGCACGCUCGAGUUCCAGGAAAGCCGUAAGAUCCUCAAGGAGGAAUCCAACGCCCAGAAAUGUUCAGAACUCGCUCAGCUUCACAGAGGCCAGAAAUACUCAGUCAAACGACGCGGAGCCUAGGUAUCAUGGACCAACUAGCACAUUGUUUGAUGACGCUGUUGGAGACCGUCGAAUUCAACAUAGCGUCCCUAUUGCUCCCAGACUUCCACCCGCAUGGGUGCAAAAGGGAUUAAUGGCUGAGGCAACAUGUCAACGCCACAUGGAAACAAUCAAUUACUCCCAGAAGAAACUUGACUUUGACGGCAUCGAUCCAGGUCUCGGAAUGCAUCUAUUAGACCUUCAUUGGAAUCGCCAACACCACGCCUUCUUAAUAACUUACCGCCCAGCUUUUAUGCGGGACAUGGCCUGUAAUGGACCAUAUUAUUCGAAACUUCUUUUGAAUGCCAUAUACUUUGGUGCGUCCAAAUUCAGCUCUCGGCCGGAAGUCCGCAGAGAACCUAAGGAUGUCCGGACUGCAGGCUGGUUAUAUCGCGAGCGAGUUAGAGAAUUGCUUGGUGGCGCCCUAGAUCGCAGCGAUAUUACAACUAUACAAGCUCUGUUGGUAAUGGCCAGCUCUUUGUUCGCAUUAGGUGAUGAAAGAAGCGCUGCAUGGCUUUAUGCAGGCACUGCAUUUCGUAUGAUUAUCGAUUUGGGGAUGCAUGUUGAUGGGUCUCGGCUGCCUAAUAAUCGGAGGUUCAGUGAUGAGGAUCUCGAAAUCCGGCGGCGUGUAUUCUGGGGAGCAUUUGUGGUCGAUAAAAUCCAGAGUCUCUAUCAAGGUCGACCUGUCAGCCUCCAAGAACUGGAAUGCAGUGUUUCAAUCCAAUUCAUGGACCAUUACGAGGAACUCGAGCACUGGAAACCAUUCGCAUAUUCAGAAACGCAAAAGUAUCCAGGAUCACCAGCUUAUAGUGUCUCGACAUUUACCCAGCUUUGCAAAUUGAGUCUAAUCAUGAACCGUAUUCUCAACAAAGUCUACGGUGAAAGAAGUUCGAAAAGAACUCCAAGUGAACUUGCACAGGACCUCAAAUCUUUGCAUUCUGAUCUCGAUCAAUGGUGCACAGGCUUGCCAGCGCAUCUCACGUAUGAUCCUGCUGAUACCUCCAAGCCUAUUCCCCCUCCUCAUGUCCUAUCCUUACUAGCGAUGUACAGUGUCCUCCGCAUCCUUCUUCAUCGACCAUUCGUCUCAGAUGGAGACCUACACUCCAGUCCCUCCAACGCCAUAAACUCCUUUCUCGUAUGUGCAACAGCAGCAAAAGAAAUCGUCAGAAUACUACGAGCAUAUGACUCUGCUUUCUCCAUUCAGCGAGCACCAUAUUUGAUUUCUUAUGCCACAUAUGUAAGCGCUACGAUUCACGUUCGCAUCGCAGCACAGCGUGAACCGGGUUCGGAAGCUCAUAUCUGCCUGGCGAUAUGUUUAGAUGUCUUUAAGAAGAAUCAGGAAACGAAUUGGGCUGUGAGGAGAGCGAAUGGGAUUAUACACAAUCUGAUGAAACGGAUGAAUGUUUCAAUUGGUGAAAGCGACAUCAAGGCGUCGACAAUGGAACAACAUUUCGGAAACGAUGAUGGCCAAGAAAACAAUAGCCCUAUCUCCACGAGAGAACAACCUUUGACUCAUCUAGCUAUCACCGAUGAUCGAAACAAAGGCCUGGAAAAUAAUCCAAGAAUGAAUGGCCCAAAUGACGAUCUCAUUUUAUCGCCCUCGAACACAAGAACGAAUGCCCAAGUAACCUCUGAUCUAGAUAUUGACGCUAUUAUCCAAAGCUUCAUCCGUGAACAGGAAAUAUACGCCCCGUCAAACUAUCAAGGCGCAGAAAAUACUUCAAUAACCUAUGAAGCCAGUCCUUUGGGACUGACCAGAAUCAAUAAUGAAUGGAGUAGCACUCCAGGAGCAUUUAUGUCAAAUGAGAUGGGUGUACAGCCUCCCUCAUUGACUGGACAGUUGUUGCAGCCACCGGGAGAUAAUAGUUACGGGACGGAAUACGCCCAUCAGUCUUAUCAGAAUCAAUUCUCCGCAAAUGAUAUGUUGUUUGGAUUUAAUAGUUCGGAGAUGGAGGGAAAUGGGUGGGAACUUGAUGAUACCAUGGUCUGA